CGCGCACACGCCGCACACGUGGACAGCGGGCGGUACGAAGAGAAGCGCAGGCCACGUUGACACGGAGCGAUUCCGUUGUGUGUGUACGCGCGCGCUUCUUCACCGAGGAGCUGCGGGAGAAGCCGGCCGCUCUUUUCUUGUGGGUUUCCGUGUGUCUUCCUGCAAGGUUCCUGAAGGCCCAGGAUGAGCGUGGGCUUCAUUGGAGCGGGUCAGCUGGCCCACGCGCUGGUCAAGGGCUUCACCGCGGCCGGUGUUAUUGCCACGCACAAGAUCACGGCCAGCUCCCCCGACACGGACCUCCCCACGGUGUCCGGGCUGAGGAAAAUGGGCGUGAACUUCACCACGAGCAACAAAGAAACCACCGGCAAGAGCGACGUUCUCUUCCUGGCCGUCAAGCCGCACAUCAUCCCUUUUGUGCUGGACGAGAUCGGGCCGGAAAUCGAGGACCGCCACCUCAUCGUGUCCUGCGCCGCCGGGGUCACCAUCAGCUCCAUCGAGAAGAAGCUGCUCCAGUACCGCCCCGGCCCCCGGGUGAUGCGCUGCAUGACCAACACCCCCGUGGUGGUGCGGGAGGGCGCCACGGUGUACGCCACGGGCACGCACGCCGAGGUGGAAGACGGCAAGCUCCUGGAGCAGCUCAUGGCCAGCGUGGGCUUCUGCACCGAGGUGGAGGAGGACCUGAUCGACGCCGUCACGGGAUUGAGCGGGAGCGGCCCCGCCUAUGCCUUCACUGCGCUGGAUGCCCUGGCGGACGGCGGCGUGAAGAUGGGGCUGCCCAGGAGGUUGGCCGUCCGGCUCGGAGCCCAGGCCCUGCUGGGAGCGGCCAAGAUGCUGCUGGACUCGGAGCAGCACCCCGGGCAGCUGAAGGACAACGUGUGCUCUCCGGGGGGCGCCACCAUACACGCCCUGCACUUCCUGGAGAGCGGGGGCUUCCGCAGCCUGCUCAUCAAUGCCGUGGAGGCGUCCUGCAUCAGGACCAGGGAGCUGCAGUUCCUCGCUGACCAGGAGAGGAUCUCUCCGGCCGCCAUCAAGAAGACCACUCUAGACAAGGUCCUGCAGCAGCCGGGGGGGUCGGGGCUGGGGGCGGGGUCCAGGUCUGGGAUCAGCCUUUUCAACAAGAGCAACUCUGGAGUGAAGAAGAACUGAGCUGCCCGCUGGACAGGGAGAGUGCGUGCAAACACACACACACACACACACACACACACACACACACACACACACACACACACACACACAGUGGCACUCAGUCGGGUCGGACACCCCCCAGCGACAGACUGCGCUCGGACCUGUUCCUGUGCGACAGGUGGGCGGGGCCAGUCUGACAGAGACUCGUUUUAAACUCAUUUGCCUUCCGGUUGGAUGAAUCUGAUCACGUGACCACCCUUACGUCUCAUUUUGCCGGGUCGGCAGCAUUAUUUGAAACUCAUCACACCGCCGAUGAGCUGUUUCAUCAAGCGCUGUACUUCAUAGCUGACUGUAGGAGGUGCUGUCCUCCCCACCCCCACCCCCUCGUGGGGGGACAUUUUUAUCAUCAGGGUUGUGUUUCCCUCUACAGGAAGUACUGGCGGGGGGGGGUCCUACAUGUCUUUCUUGCUUCACUGCAUGUCCUGUCACCUCUGUCUGAAUGCACCGUGUGUGUGUGUGUGUGUGUGUGUGUGUGUGUGUGUGUGUGUGUGUGUGUGUGUGUGUGUGUGUGUGUGUGUGUGUGUGUGUGUGAACGCGCACAUGCUCACUGUGUCAGUCAUAUCACCGUUGCAGAUGUUCACAGCAGACCAAGGCUGUCCGCUGCUGGAGUUGGACGCCGUCUCUCCUGGGCAUUAAUCCUGCUUUAUAGUAUAAGCUUUCUGAACGUAGUUUCAUUGUUAUUAUUAGUCUUAUUAUUAUUAUUUCCAUGGAAACUGUUUGGGGCCUAAUGAGAUCACACAUAACAUCUGUAUGUUUGUAGAACUAUUUGUAUAAAUACAUGUUUGUAUUUAUGCCCCCCGAACAAUAACAUCACAGAAUUGUUUGUUUGCCAUUAAUUUCUCUUCUUCAGAUAUAAUGUGUCUGUGGCUCAUCUGCACCAGUGUUUUGUCAGUGGAGUAAAUCAAUUGCCACCAUUGAUCAGUGAACAAAGACUUGAAAACAGUAUUAAAGGUGCUGCUUUGUUGAG